AUGUUUUUCCUUUACAACAUGGAGCGCAGGGUUACCCUGCACCCUUCAUAUUUCGGGCGCAAUAUGCACGAGCUGGUGACCAGCAAGCUUCUGAAGGACGUGGAGGGAACCUGCGCUGGCAGCUACUAUAUCAUCUCCAUCAUGGACACCUUCGAUAUUUCCGAGGGUCGCAUCCUCCCGGGAAGCGGGUUGGCGGAGUUCACAGUUGGCUACCGCGCGGUAGUGUGGCGACCCUUCAAGGGCGAGACGGUUGACGCCGUGGUAUACUCAGUCAACCACCAGGGCUUUUUCGCCCAGGCAGGGCCUCUGCGGCUCUUCGUGUCAGCUCAUCUCAUCCCCUCCGAGAUCAAGUGGGACCCGAAUGCCACGCCGCCGCAAUUCACCAAUAACGAGGACACGAUAAUCGAGCCAGGAACGCAUGUGCGCGUCAAGGUGAUUGGUACGAGAACCGAAGUCGGCGAGAUGUGGGCCAUUGGCAGCAUCAAGGAGGAUUAUCUCGGGCUUUGGACAGCCUUCAACAAGGGCGCCGGUCCCAGCUUGGGAUUGUGGCAGAUGAUCCCGAGUGCCAACGUCUCCCGAGCCCUCGCCCGGAGCCCCGGCGUGGACUGGGUCUUGGUCGACUGCGAACACGGAAACAUUGACGAUGGGGCUAUGCAUGAUAUUGUCCCCGCCAUCGCCGCCGCCGGCGUGUCGCCCAUUGUGAGAAUACCGGACAUGCAGGGUUGGAUGGUCAAGCGUGCGCUGGAUUGUGGUGCUCACGGGAUCCUCGUCCCGUUGCUCCGUAACGCCCAGGAGGCGAAGGACCUCGUUCAAUCCGCCAAGUUUCCGCCAUGGGGACGCCGAGGCUUCGGCUCACCAUUCGCCAUGGAGCGAUUCAACCCGGCGCCCUCUAUGACGGAAUACCUGCAACAAGCGAACGACAGCUUGUUGACGAUGGUCCAGAUCGAGACCAAGGAGGCUUUGGACUCGGUUGAUGAGAUUGCCGCAGUCGAAGGCAUUGAUGUGUUGUUCAUCGGGCCCUUUGAUCUUGGAAACAAUAUCGGUCAUCCGGUAAUCAACGGCGUCAUCAAGAAGGAACUGAGCGACGCCAUCGACCGUAUUCUGGAGGCAACCCACAAGGCGGGUAAGAAGGCCGGAAUCUUCUGCACGAGCGGCGAGCAGUCCAAGUUCUUUGGAGACAAGGGAUUCGAUAUGAUCAGUGUAGCAACGGAUUAUACGGCAUUGCAGUACACAGUGGCCGAGUCUCUCAGCAUAGCCCGCGGAGCGGCGAAGCCAGCCAAGGGUGGAUCAUACUGA